UCCAACAAGCAACCGAUUUGCGAUUUUUGCUGAAACGCGAGCAAGAUGACUUCAACAACUGCUGAACCACAGGCCAUUACCAAACUUGAUAUCCCUAAAGAAGAGGAAGAAAGGCUGCGCAAACUAUUUGAGCGGCUAGAUGUUGAUAAAGAUGGGAAAAUUAGCGUUGAUGACCUCGACAAAUCACUCCACCAACUUGGAGUUCCACAGGUGCCCGGACAAGCUCAGAAAAUCGUUGACAAAUCUGACAUCAACAAAGACGGACAGUUGAGUUUCUGGGAGUUUGUACGCUAUGUGGUCGAGCAUGAGAAGGCAUUGCAGUUAGUGUUUACAAAGUUAGAUGUAAAUAAUGACGGUCACUUAGACGCUCAUGAAAUCAAAGAAUCACUCAAGAAGCUAGGUAUAAAUAUAGAACCGGCAGAGGCAGAACGUCUCAUGAGAAGCAUGGACAAGGAUGGCAACCUAACUAUUGAAUGGGAUGAGUGGCGUCAGUUCUUACUGCUCUGUGGUAGUACUAAGAUCACCGACAUUUUCAAGUUCUGGCGUCGCGCCUCAAUCAUAGACAUCGGUGAGAACAGCAUCGUGCCAGAUGACUUCUCGGAGGAAGAGAUUCAAUCGGGGAUGUGGUGGCGCCAGCUGGUGUCUGGUGGAGCCGCAGGCGCUGUCUCCAGGACGUGUACAGCUCCGCUCGACCGGUUGAAAGUAUUACUACAGGUUCAUGCAUCCAAAACCAAUAACCUUGGUAUCGUGACUGGCUUCAAGUCGAUGCUCAAGGAGGGAGGCGUGAAAUCUCUGUGGCGAGGCAACGGCAUUAAUGUGAUCAAGAUAGCACCGGAAACAGCGUUGAAGUUUAUGGCUUAUGAGCAGUUGAAACGAGCAAUCAAGGGUGGUGAGAACCGUGAUAUCAAGGUGUGGGAGCGCUUCUGUGCCGGGUCAGCCGCUGGUGUCAUAUCACAGACAACCAUCUACCCAAUGGAGAUGUUAAAAACCAGGCUGGCACUGAGAAAAACUGGGCAGUACUCAAGUAUAUGGGACUGUGGGAAGAAGAUCUAUGCUACUGAGGGUAUGGCAAGCUUCUACAGGGGAUAUGUGCCAAACAUUCUGGGAAUUAUUCCAUAUGCUGGGAUAGAUCUGGCUAUUUAUGAAACUCUCAAAAAUAAAUACAUCAAUUCACAUCCCGACAAUGCCGAUCCCGGCAUCUUGGUGCUAUUAGCCUGCGGAACGACGAGCAGUACAUGUGGUCAGUUAGCGAGCUACCCGCUAGCUCUCGUCAGGACCAAGCUUCAGGCCCAAGCAGCCAAGCCCGGCCGGAAGGACAGUUUCGUGGCUCUAGCCAAAAAUAUCAUAAAAACAGAAGGACCUUUAGGCCUCUAUCGGGGCAUUGCACCAAACUUCAUGAAGGUUGCACCAGCAGUCAGUAUAGGUUAUGUUGUCUACGAAAAUGUCCGCAAGCUGUUGAUAUCUUAGGCAAUGUUCUGCCUGGAGUGCCAUUCAUGUCUGUGGAGGGUUGGGACGGAUGGAAUCGGAAGGAUGAGAUCAUAUCACGAGGCAUCUGCUCCGUCAUAUUCAGCUGAACUUAUCUAUGCCUGGAGAGUGAGAGAGAAAUCGUUGUGCUAAAUCUGUAGGAAGUUUAGGGGUUCUUAAGUGAAGACUCAUUUAUUUAAAUCCUGUGUUUAAAUUGGAGAGAAGUUUGUAGAAAGUUUAGGAUUUCCCUAGUGAAAACUUACUUCUUUAGAACCACAAAUAAUAAUUGACCCUUGACUAAUUGAGUUGCUAGAUUUGGGUGGACAGCAGCAUAACCUGGUUGGUGACUGUAACUGUACUGAUAGACUGACUAGCUUUUUGUCCUUCUCUGCCUCCAUGGUUUCUUAGGAAGAUGUGUGUCUACUGUAGGUUGAGGGAUAUGAACGCCGCCCUAUCAGGGUCUGUCACAGGCUUGCUGAUGUGGUGCAUAGAGGCACCUUGUUCAAGUGCUCAAAUGUAAUGGAAGUGCAAUACCAAGAAGUCUAUUUUCACUCACUUUUCUAAACCUAGAUGUAGUUUUCGAAGUAUUCGAUAUUCCCAGGUUGCUUGUGGUAAAAUUGCAGGGGGCAUCUCCAGAUUCAGGGUUAUGUCUUGUGGUUUUCAAUAGCAGUUCUCUGCGCUCUUGUCUUGUCUAUUUCAACCCCAUGAACAUUCUGAUCUUUUUCUGUGAUACUGUUUACUUCAUACUGUUGACUGACUGUCAUAAGAUGAGUGAGGUGUUGGUACUUUACAAUAGAUGGGGGGGGGGUGGUUGUCAGGGGCUAGCAGCAAUAAUAAAAACAUGCAUUUCAGACGGUUCUUGUCUUCGACCCACAUCAUACUCCACUCACUAUUCAUCCUUCAACUGUAAAAUUCCUUUUGAUGGGUCUGAUGCUUUGGUGAUGAAGGUCACCUUAAAAUUAACAGGGUCAAGUUCUCAUGAGACGUGUGCUGUGAACCUUAUCAAUAUUUGUGUCAUAGGCCAAGAUCUUGAGGGAAUCGGGGUUUAAUGUUUUCUUCUAUGGCCCAGCUCACAAACCUCUGAGAGGUUUCCCUUCAUUGCCUAAAGUAGAGGAGCGCCAAAUAAGUGAACAGUUUCCCCUGAUUUCCUCAGGAUAAACACAACUGAUAGAAGCAAUGUAGCUAAGAAAUAGGUGCACGUCAAACUGAUAUAAUGUUGCCAAGACUUGGUCUUGGUGCAGAAACUUAUUCCUGUCCAUUUUAUAUUGUAUUUCUUUCAAUCUUGUACAGCUUCAGAUUAAAUUUAUGUAUAAUUUAUGUAAAUCUUGAUCAUUUUUAAAUUUUUAUAUUCCCUUGUACCGUUGUUGCAUUGUAAACAUGUAGUUUAGUAUCUUAGGUUAAGUUUCGGGGAGUGACAGGUUCAAGAUUUGACUGUUUCUUGGGGGAUCAUCAAGAAAGGCAGGUGGGAUGUCUUCAGUAUCAAUCCUUUACUCAAAAAGACAGUUGCAUAUUAAGGGGGGGGGGUACAUUUGUAGAUUUCCAGGGAAAAUUUCCAGUUGUGUUUCUUGGUUUUGAAUUCUAAGGGAAGGACAGUCUGAUGUUGUGUGUGAUGACUGAGCAAGUGAACAUGAAUGUAGCAGGGAUUGGUCUAAAAAGGGAUCGGGUAAUGGUUGAAUUGUCUAAUGCAUCAAAUUAACUAUUUUAAUAUGGUUACUAAGAAGUUGUUAACAGGUACAUAACCAGUCAGGUUUUGCUGACCAUAAUUACUAUUAAUAACAGGUGCAAAUCUUGUGAUUGCUUCACUGGGUUCUAUUUGUAUAUGGUGGUUCUGUCCUUGUACAUGUAUCACAUUCCUCAAGACUUGACUUUGCCAUGGUGGAACACACCCAUUGUACAGUUGUUAUAGAUUAUGAAACACUUUGACUCGGUUGGUUCUUGUAAAUUUAAACCCAGCACCGUAAGCUCGGUUGGUAAAUGAGGUUCUUUACCAUCUUUGAGACCGUUUCUGCUCAUGGGUACAGAUGAACUAUAGUCUAAUUCUCAAACCAUAUCACAGUGCACUGCAUUUUUUCUGCCACCUAUUAUAACCUGACAAGAUGUAUUGUUAAUUUUGGCAAAUGUUUAGUCAAUGCCUUCAACUGAUAGUUGUUGUUUUGUUGGUGUCUACAGUGUAUGUCUGUAGCCUUUGUAAACAAUGAUCUCCAACUAUAUUGUAUGCACAUAAGGAUUUCAUGAUCAGGCAGCCGCGUCGUGAAGAUGUGAUUGUCUCAGAGGGUGUACACUCAUUGUAGACAACGCUGCUUCCUUGUGUUGGCUGAGAAGCAAGUUGCCUGGGCUCAAUUGUUCAAAACAAUGUAAGUGACCAACUCUCUGAUUAAUAAAGUGGUGUCAGAAAACUUGGGUAUAAUGAGGUGUUGGUAGAAUGUAUGGUAAACCAACAAUCAAAGCACCAAAUCAAACUCUAUGCACUUCAACAUUUUGAGUUGUUACGAUGUUAGGAUGUAUUCAGAUGCUUUCAUAGCUUCUCAUACACAUUGUUGGCCCCUUGUUCUGAUAAUAUUAGGCCUAUUGGUACAAUGAUUCUCAGUAUAGCUUCCUUUGCAGUUUCUGUGUCUCUAGAUUUAGCAAGUCUUUCAAAUAGAUCAUUUUUUGGUUUUAUGGACAUUCAGUGCACUACCAGACAUUGAUUGUCCUUUUGCUAUGGUACAUGUAACUAUUAUUGUGUAAAGUUAAAUGCCACAGGAGUAAAAAAUGUUUAAUGUAAUUAAUUGUAACAUUAUGUAUAAAGCAAACAUUUUUACAAUCUAAA